GGAUGCUCGAUAACAGGUUAAGAUAUACGGGCAUGCUUUGGGAGAGGAUCUCUUCGUCUUGCAUCGUCAUCAACCGGUCAACCCGUUGCCCCGAGGAUGCUAACGGCGCCACGACCAACGCUUCAGGUCGACUCCGCCAAACGAAACCUUGAAGAUGCAGCUCCGUCGAACAUCGACAUAGACGAGAAGGGCGAGAUAGACCAGGAAACGAACCAGGAAGACCACGGCGCGCAUCGCCGUCUCGUAUUGAAGAUCGACCUGCUUCUCAUGCCUCUGUUGACCAUCUCGUAUGGCCUUCAAUUUUAUGACAAAUUCGUGUUCAGCUCUGCCGCCGUCUUUGGGAUGCUAGCGGACUUGGACCUCACCACCCCUGUUCCCGGCACGACGAAGGUAUCGACGCAACGCUACUCUAAUGCCACGGCUGCAUUCUACUGGGGAUACAUGGUCGGCGUCCUUCCCAUGUCGCUUCUGCUCCAACGCUUUCCAGUAGCCAAGACCCUCGGUCUCUUGAUCUUCCUGUGGGGUGUUGUUGUCAUGCUCACCGUCCUCGUAAGCUCCUAUCCCGGAGCAGUCGCCAUUCGUUUCUUCCUCGGGGUCAUCGAGAGUUCCGUAAGCCCAGGGUUCGUUCUUGUCACGUCCAUGUGGUACACGAAAGACGAGCUUCCUGUGCGCGUCGGCAUAUGGUACAGCGCCACCGGCCUCUUCACCGUCUUCAGCGGUGUCAUGAACUACGCCAUAGGGCACGCGCACGGUUCUUUGGCGCCAUGGAAGUACAUGUAUCUGCUCGCAGGCUCGGCGACGAUUGUAUGGUCACUUAUCAUACUGGCGGUGCUUCCUGAUUCUCCGGCAUCCUCGCAUCGCUGGUUCAACGAAGAGGAACGGUCUACACUUUUACUGCGGGAGAAAGAGAAGCCGUCUGGAGUAGACUCGCGACGACUGCGGCUUGAUCAGGCUCUCGAGGCUGCCAAGGAUGUCAAAGUGUGGAUAAUGGCGGUGAUGGGCGCCGCGAUAUACGUAUGUAACGGAGGCGUUACAGCUUUCGGUUCGAUCAUCAUCAAGUCUUUUGGAUAUUCAAGCUUGCGCGCUAUUCUAUUACAAGCGCCCGGCGGCGCGACAACCUGUGUCUCGAUUUACCUGUCAACUUGGCUCGCAGAACGCAUCAGGAACGCACGCACGAUACUCCUCGCCCUUACCUGUUUGCCAGUCAUGGUCGGAGCACUGGUAAUCUGGCUCGGAUCAUGGUCUCAUCGAGGACUGCCACUCUUUGGAUAUUAUCUCCUGCCAAUCUUCGGUGCUCCUUACGUUCUGUUGCUGUCCAUUGCAGCUACCAACGUGGGAGGAGAAACGAAGAAGGCUUGCACAAUUGGCGCCAUCUUCGUCGGAUACAAUGUCGGUAAUAUCAUAGGGCCAUACCUGGUGAACACCGACGAAGCCGACGUUAAGUAUCGCACGACCUGGGUAUCGAUUAUCGUUGUCAUGGCUCUCACGAUAAUCGCCGCAAUGGCGCUGCGCAUUCUUUGGGCACGAGAAAACAAGAGACGCCGCCACCACGAUGAACCAUGUAUUCGCGCACGAACCCCAUCCGAUGGAGAGAACCCCAGAGUACUACCGCGUGACUAUAGUGACCUGACGGAUUGGCAGGACAGGUGUUUUCUUUACGUCCUUUGAGAUGGUGAUCAUUCUUUGGAAAGCGAUGCUGUACCCUAAUUCAUAUUUCCACCGCAAUCGGUUGAAAGUGAUGAAAUAGUGACCAAG